AUGCCUCCAAACGCUGCCCCGCGUCCGAGCGGACCUUAUGCUCGAAGCUCCCAUGCCUACGAGAGUCAUGGUGAAGGCGCGAGUAGCAAUAUACAGGGACAACGUGAGGUUCUCGUGAGAAAUAGCUCUCGACAACAUCCAGAGGGAGUUGUAGCGUCACACUUCCUGGCGCAAGACCCCGAAACGUGGAUGGACUUCUUGAGAGACGGUACCGAAACCGACGUUAACCAGCAACCACCUUCCAGCGAGCUCGACCCCGCCGCAGCCCGCGAAGCUCGCGCAAACCCCUCUUCCAUGCGAUACACGCUUCCCAGCCGCCCCUCGCCGCGUACAGACUCGCCGUCCUCUCGCAGCUCUGACCGCAAGCGACGCCUGACAACAGCUGACUCGCCUAUGAGGCGGCCAUCGAGUAUACGGAUACACUCUGAAAGCACAGGCAACUCCAGUAUGGACCCCAUCGUCCUAGACUCCCCGCCUGCCUCUUUGCGAGCGCUUCCGCCCACACCUCCUGUCCCACCACAAACCAACACCACGCCGGUCAGAAGGCAGAGCGACAUUGUCCUGCCACCAUGGCAGCCGGAUAGCGAUGUUACGCAGUGUCCGGUGUGCAAGAGACCUUUUACAUUUCUGCUUAGGAGGCACCAUUGCAGGAAAUGUGGAAGAGUCGUGUGCGCCACGUGUUCGCCACAUCGUAUCACUAUACCCCGACAGUUCAUCGUCCAUCCCCCUUCUGAAAUGGCGGCAAACUUCGUUGAUCUGACCGGGGAUGAUGAGAAUGCUAUGUCGGCUUUCGGCCCGUUCCGCAACCCAGCGCUAGGCGGAGGCGAGGAAGUCCGCGUUUGCAAUCCAUGUGUACCUGAUCCCAAUUUUAGUCCACCGCCGCAGUAUCAGCCCUCUGGCCGCGACCCCAGGUACCCGCUGCAAUAUGCCCCGUCUCCCAGAUCGCCCCACGCCCCACCACCGCACCCACGCGCUCACCGAUCUGCGUCAAGUGUACAUGAUGCGUCACGGUUUGUGAAUCCAGGACAUGGGUAUGUUAACCGCGAGGCUCCGAACGACAACAGCCAGAACAGGCGAGUAAGUUAUCACGGCAGCUCAAACGUCGGAGAGCGAAGACUACCUCCCCUCCCACCCUCUGCCACUCAACAGCAACAUCCGCACCAUCGCGCGCCACUCAUUUCGCAGACGUUGUCAAGUAACCGCCCUCGUCACCGGUCAACCUUUGGAGCGGCAUCAUUUGCAGGAUCGCCGUUUGGACAAGCCACUUCCACUGCAAUCCCCCAACCGCUAAAUCCUUAUCACGCACAGCUACCUCAGCCUCGACGUCAGAUUGCUGAGGAAGAUGAAUGUCCUAUUUGUGGGGACGAGCUCCCGCCCAAGGGACCCGAUGGCGAUGAGACGGACCGCACUCGACACAUUGAAGAUUGUAUCGCCUUACAUUCAGCUUCUCCUGGUCCUAAGCCAACACCUGCACCACAGACAUCCGCAAGUCUGCCUACUCAGCGUACUCGUGGUAUGAGCAGUGCAGGCAAUGGCGAAGGAUCCAGCAACAGAAUGAGCCAUGCUGCGCGCGGCAUGUUUCCCUACAUUGCAACCGAGAAGGACUGUGUGGACGAUGAAGGGGCGCAAGCAGAAUGCACAAUUUGUUUGGAAGACUUUGAGGCGGGGGACCGCAUGGCGAGGCUGGUUUGUUGGUGCAAGUUUCAUGAGUCAUGCAUCAAAGAGUGGUGGAACAAGAAGGGUCGAGGAGCAUGUCCUACGCAUCAGUUGCAGGAAUAG